CCGGGGCGGGAGGCGGGGGAGCGAGGCUUGCGCUGGCGCGCAGGCGCAGUGGCCGGACGACAGAUCGUGUGUUUCCAAAAUGGCGGCGGCGAUGGAUGUGGAUACCCCGAGCGGCACCAACAGCGGCGCGGGCAAGAAGCGCUUUGAAGUGAAAAAGUGGAAUGCAGUAGCCCUCUGGGCCUGGGAUAUUGUGGUUGAUAACUGUGCCAUCUGCAGGAACCACAUUAUGGAUCUUUGCAUAGAAUGUCAAGCUAACCAGGCGUCUGCUACUUCUGAAGAGUGCACCGUGGCGUGGGGAGUCUGUAACCAUGCCUUUCACUUCCACUGCAUCUCCCGCUGGCUCAAAACACGGCAGGUGUGUCCGUUGGACAACAGAGAGUGGGAAUUCCAAAAGUAUGGGCACUAGAACAAGAAAUUCUUCCAUCAAGCUCAACUGUUUCGUUAUUCAUUUAACGACUUGCCCUCCUGUUACUUAAUUAUAAAUUAGAUAGAACCGUGUCUUUUCUGCUUUGUCUUUUCAGUUUGCUCUUCCUGCAUCCGUAUUGUAUUCUGUGUCAAAUAAAAGUCCCGUUGGAUUCCAGUACAGAUGCUGUCUCUUGUGUACGUGAAAAAAGUGAACAUAAAUAAAGGGUCCCCGCAUCCUAGGUUGGAAAGUGAGGUGUUUGUUCAUUAGAACCAUAGCAGAGCCGUCCUGCGAGCACAUCGCUUGGUCCUGAGGAAGCCGGGUCCACAGCCUGGUUACUGGUGGCAGUCUGGGGCAAGUCACUCUGCUCUGAGCCUUCCUCCUCUCUAAAGUGGCUGCUAAGGACUAAAUGGCGUCACGUGGUCACAGAAAGAGGCUUUGCAAACUGUAAAACCACUGUACAAAUGUUAACUUUGUGUAUGACAUGUUGCUUUCUCUUCUUAAUUUAGAAAAGUAAACAUGAAAAAAUCUAAUAUGUAAUCUUGGCUGGCAAAAGAGUAAUCUAUGAGCUCAAGUUGGCAAUCCAUGUCAUUUAAAAUUAAGUCAACAGGAGAAUUCGAGUUUCCUUCCCCACCACCACCCUUAGCAGUUUAUUUAAAAUGCCUUCGCCAUGGAGGGAACCGCCAGUCCUAAUACAAAUUCAAGGGCUGUCUAGGCUUUAACUGAGAGGCUCCUGAAGUUCCUUUUCCAACUGCAUGACUGUGUGAGGCCAGGUCUUUAUGUCCUUCAGCCAAAGCAGCGUAUUGAAUGAAGAAGCUGACGUGAGAAUCCAGCUGUCUUGUAUUAAGUCAGCUAGAAAAGAGAUUUGCAAAACUGUAAAACAGUGCCACUCUUCUAAUUUUCUGUUUUGAAAAAUGGUUACUUUUCAAAUAAAAAUAUUUAUGUUAACAUGG